CCGUGCAUGUAGGCGGGGCGACCACGUCUCAGGAUACGAGCCAAUCAACUGCCGCGCUUGUUCUACUUUCAUGAAACAAACAAAACCAGCAGCACACCGCUUCACCGCUUCGCCGCGGGAGACAGAACGGCACUAGAACAGCCUCCGAGCCGCACCGACAGUCCGCAUACACACCGCGCACCAGCCUCAGUGUAGUGCCCUAAUGGCAACGGAGGAAAAAGGAAAAACGGCGGCGCCUCAGGCUUUACCGGAAACGAAAUCCCUUUCAGCAACACACAACAAUCUGAACAAUAACAACAACAACAAUAAUAACAACAAAGACAAUGAGGGAGGUGAAGGAGCCACACCAGCCACAUCCACUACUGUUGAGCCCGGGGGCGCUGAAAAUAUCAUAGGGAACGGUUCAACGGUUAAUACAACCGGAGGCAAUAACGGCAAAUGGGUCCGUCUCAACGUCGGGGGGACGGUGUUUCUAACGACACGACAGACGCUGCUAAAGGAACAAACUUCAUUUCUGUACCGACUGUGUCAGCAGCAGGACUUACAUUCUGACACGGAUGAAACUGGUGCUUAUGUGAUUGACCGAGACCCCACCUAUUUUGGUCCCAUACUCAACUAUCUGCGACACGGGAAGCUGGUUUAUAACAAGGAGUUGGCAGAAGAAGGUGUCUUGGAGGAGGCAGAAUUCUACAACAUCACACCACUGAUUAAAUUAAUCAAAGAGAGGAUUCUUGAGCGAGACUCCAAGGCCACACAGGUACCACCAAAGCAUGUGUAUCGGGUGUUGCAGUGUCAGGAAGAGGAGCUGACCCAGAUGGUGUCCACCAUGUCGGACGGCUGGAAGUUUGAGCAGGUCAGCGUGCGCACCUGCCGAAAACCCCGCCCCGGACUGCUCUGGACUAUGGUGAACAUUGGCUCAUCUUACAGCUAUGGAACAGAGGACCAGGCUGAAUUUCUCUGUGUGGUGUCGAAAGAGCUGCAUACCUCAGGUGGAGGUUUGGGGACAGAGCAGAGCCACAAGACUAAGACCUCGGACACACAGGUGGAGGAUGGAGCGAGGGAGGAAGAGGAGGAUGAGGAUGAGGAAGAGGGAGAGAGAAAUGCCACCCCCAAUGAGUGGAUUAGAGAUUAGCAGAAACAUGUGUCAAAGGAAUUGCUGUUCCAGAUCCAUGGAUCCCGGCUGUAGGAUGCAAAAAAAUUUUUUCUAGAUAUCCAUUUUAUCAUGUGCUCAUGAUGCUGUUUUUAUAGCCAUACUUUUUGAAUAACGGGUAUUAGCAGGAGACAAGAACUUCACAUCCAGCAGCAAAAAAAAGAAAAAUGUUUUAAAUUGAAAUGUUCCUGAAAGAAAAAAGUACUUAAGGUAUUAAAAAAUACACUGUUACUUACAAUUACUAUCUUAGUACAUGGCCUGUUACCAAAGAGCGCAACCUAGUUAUGGGAUACUUCACAAAAUAUGAAGCAUUUAACAAAAACUAAAGAACUUAGUCUGGUUUAGUCAGGAAAUACAUUGUCAUCAAGGAUGGAAAGACUGUGUGGAUUUGAGACCGUAAUCAGUUAUUUAGAGUUUAGGUUUUGCACUUUUAUUAUAGCAGAAGAAGGGCGGCUCUGCUACAUGAACAGGUCAAGUUCUGUUCCAUUUAGCAUCAGCUGUGGGUAAAGUGCCAGCAGUGUCACCCUGGCAGAACACCAGCAGUACACUUUAGCCCCAUUUACAGUCUGCGGCGGUUCAUUUUGAUAGUCGCUGGCGCCAGCUGGAAGGUCAGAGUGUCGUUAGAGGUCAUGAUAUUGUGAUUCUGCUUGUGUUUGUUAUGGAUUUUUAAAAGGUCCUGUGCAGAGUUUACUUAAAAUGAAGUUCAGAUAAUGUGCUGGAUUAUGAUAUUGUGUCACUUGUUAAUGUGUUUUGUGUGAAGGCUAGAUUGCUUUCAAAGGAACAAAGCCUGGCAAUCAAUAUCGCUCAAAUCGACAUGCCUCAAUUCAACAAAUGAUCAAGCACUUUUUGCUCCCUUUAGCCUACAGCCGUGCAUACUAGCAUUCUUUGGGUUUUUUAUGUGCUGUGGGCUGGUUUGCAUGCAUAAGCUUGUAUUAUUAAAUAUGCUAUAGUUUUGCACAAAUUUGCAAAGAUAAAGUGGCCCCAAAACAUGUUUGAACACUUAAGCCACAUUUAAACAUAUAUGAAUGUAAUUGCAUUAUAUAACAGAAUAACAAACCAAGUGGCUGAUAGCCCAAGCACACUUUUUAAAAAGGAAGUUUAUUAGGUUUUUGUAGUUACUCUGAUGGCAAACUGGUUUCACUGAUCAUGUAUAUGCUAAAAAAAUAGCCUUGGGACCAGUCGAUUAAAAAUAAUUUAAAGAAAUGCUUAUUUCUGAGAAAAGGUCAUGCUUUAUUUGUUUGCAGAUGCCACUUGGUCUGAUAUUUCCUAUUUAAUGCAGUAAAAUUCAUUUUUAAAUGCGUUUUAAAUGUCACUUAAGUGUUUAGAAACUGUAUUUGGAUGGGUAAAAUAAUUUGUUGUCAUGUUUGAUGAUAGCAUUAUCAGUCAAGACUGACUUAAAAUUGUCUUUCUGUAAACAUAUGUUUAAUCUGUUUGUAAUCGCAACAAGACCUGUUACGAUUAUAACUGCAUUUAUACAGAGGAAAGGGGUGUUUGCAAACACAAUUUUGUAGCUCAGUGUGUUACUGUGUCAAUCGAUUCUUACUCUGUCCCCGUUAGCUGCCACUAUGUUCUAGAGCUGUGAGGAUAACAAUUGUGUCUAGACAGAGAACAGUGAACUAUAUGAAACCGAGAUAUCAGACUCCAACUGUUUAGAAACAACUGAUGUAGAAGCAGCAAAAGUUUUGAUACAAAAUACAUAUUAUUAGCCUGUCAGUGCUGUAGUCUUUUCUUUAAAGUUUGUACUGGUGUGUUGAAAAAAAUCUUAUCACUGCAUUGAAUUUUAGAAGUAUGUUUUAAUUUUAAAGUUUAUCUUGUAAGUGUUGAUAGCAUUAUUUUAUAUGGCCUUUUUUAUAAUCAUACUGUGUCAUCAUUUGUAUUUAUUUUAGUCUUAUAAAUGUCAGAUUAUGUUGCUUGUCAGGGCACAGGUGAUGUUUUGGUUUAUAUUGAAUUUUAUUUUGUACACAUGUAAUGCCCAUUUUAUUUUUUAAGCUUUUGCUUCAUGUAUGUUAUGUUACAGUGUCAUCAAAAUUAAGUAAUAGUUUGCACUCUUACUUUCAUGUUCGACUAUUUUUAUAUUUAUAGGCAGUGUGUAUACCAUACUUCCACUCUUGAGCUCUCACAUUUCACUUAUUUAUUACAUAUGGGAUGUUUAUUGGC